AGAGAAGUGUAAUUUUUUACUCUUGUAAAACUUGCUUGUGUUUUAGUUGAACCACAGUAUAGCAUACACUUCUUCGAGUCUCUGUAAUUUCCGAAUGGACAAGGUCUCUGAGCACAUGGCAUGGAACAAAACAUCAACACAACGGAUACAAACGAAUACAAAAGUAAAGUUGGCUUUGGUUAGUUUACCGUGUAUACCCGACAGGUAAUGGUACGGCGCGACGCGCGGAAUAAGUGACAUUGAAACGAUCGUACAAGGUAGAAAUUUCUACGAAACAACAUAAUUAUGAAGCAAUCAACAAGUUGGUAAACAAGUAAUAAUCGGACAAGUGAUAUGAAAAUUUUUGAAUUAAUAAUUAUAUAGAAAUAUGCGGUUGAUUGCUCUCUAACACCGAACCUCACCAUGGAUAAUUCAUCAUCCAAUUAUCAAUCACCUUAUAUCGAAAUCGAAAUGAAGGAUGUGCAAACUAGGCCAGUUAGUUUUUACGAAAACACGAAACCAGAUCAACUCAGCUCAUCAAAUAAUAAUGUCAGCCAGGGGGAAUGCCCUAAUAGGUCACAGAUCAAUUUCUUGAACACGACGGUUCCGGUGAAUAUUCUGGCUCAAGACAUUGCAGGAAAACAUACGCCAUCGAGGAAUAGUCUGAGGCAUAGCAGAAUGAUUGUUCUGCAUAAAUCCGGAGAAGCACCUCCUGUAAUACCUUCAGCUUUACAAUAUUACAAAAUAGUCAGGCUGCUUCUCAUAGCAAUUUUGAUUGUUGGAUUGGCAAUGUGUAUAUUAUCUUUAUGGUUAUUGCUAUGGACUCCAAAUUUGAGAUCAAGAGACAAUCCUGGCUGGAGCGGUAUACCGGUCCUAGUUUCCAGUUUUGCGGGAAUAUUAUUUAUAUCCACUAUUCCUAACCCAAAAGGCUAUUCUGGUAGAAAAUUUAGAUACUGGAGAAAAGGUUUAAAGUGGACUUCUGUGACCAUCAGUGCAGUAGCAGCAUGUACUUCUUUCCUGACGUUCGUCUUCUCAGUGCUCCACCUGAUCGUACUGUCUUCAAUGAUCUGCGCACCUCCAGACAAACUAGUAUCAACCUGCUUGUGCAAUGUUAACACCACAAAACUAUCCAUCCUCACUGACAGCUACCACUACGUGGAUCUGAGUUGUUUUGAAGUUGAAACAGCUUUAAAGAUUCUGAUUAUAUUCUCGGCUAUAGCUAGUUGCUCAGUUUUUCUCUUUGAACUCGUAUAUUUAUAUUUACACUGGGUAAAUAGGAAUAUUCACGAGUAUUCUAGAGUUCCAAUCAAUGCGUUACAGAUUCACAGGGAGCAUAGGUAGCAAAUAAUAUUGUAUGUGGUAGAAACAGAGAAACUAAAAAUGGUGCUUUGAUAAUUUCGUUAAUUAUUACAUACAAAAGUAUAACAUAAACAAGACUGAGAUUGAAAAAUAAUAUAUUGUUAAAUAAAUUUUGCUUACUCACUUUAAUAAUCUGUAUACUAUACAGAUCAAUAAUUCUAGCUUGUCCUGUCGUAUACUCAGAAGAAAAGAUUGAAAGAAUCACUGCAUAGUAGGAAUAUAUAAGGGGGCUUUCUCAUGAAUUAAAAAACACAUAUUUUAAUUUUUUUUAAACAAGCUGUAAUAUUUAUUAAUAAAAUUUCUGUUGAGUAUAUAAGUUUGAAUAUAUAAAAAAAUAAUGUGUGUGUAUUUUGUACGCACGUAAGAACUUAUACUUCUAUUAUUAUGAUUUCAACGAAAUUAAUAUACGUUAAACAGUUUAUUUAUAUUUUAUUUAAAUAUUAAACUAAUUUUAAUACUUACUACUUUUCAAAAAUUUUUAUUAAAACAAUACCAAAAAUUUAAAAAAUAAAAGGAUAAAACACACACACGCACAUUGAAAAAUGCCACAAAAAUAAUUUCUAAACAAUAAUUGUUGAAACAAUUACAACUAAAUACGUAUUUUCUGAAAAAAAAAUUAUAUAAUAAUAUACUUACAAUCAUAAAAUGUAUAAAAAAAUAAAGUUUGUAUUGGGGAUUGAACCCGCGUACAUUGACGCGGUUAGUUUUGAAAUUCAAGUAUGUAUCUUUAUAUUUUGGCUAUGGAGACAUAUGUAUCAUGUUGGAAGAUAGACCAACUGAACGUUUUAAACUUUUGACAGUUCUGAAUUUAACCAAAUUAGUUUGAUUUUUGUGGAAUUGAAAUAUUAAAAUACAACAAAACAGACUAAUAAAACAAUAUUAGAUGAAUAUUGGUAGAAAUUUUGUUGGUAAUCAAAUUAUGCAAAUCAAAGCAUUACAUACUAGGUAGGUUUAUUUUACAUUUUUCAAAUAGGUAGCUACGUAAUUUUUUAUUACGAUACUGAAACAUUUACAAUUACGUACUUACCUGUUGCUUUUAAAAACUAUUUAGAAAGUCACUACAAUUAUAAUCUUGCUUUUUUUCUCUGCCCUUUCAACAAUAAAAACUAAUAUACACAACAUUUGUUUAUACCGACAUAUUGAACAAUUAUCGACAGGUCAUUGUAAUUACCCAAUCAGAGAACGUUUAACGUUUCAGCUGUGCCCAGGACCAAAACUUUUGAUGAAUUCGCGCACAUAUAAAUUUACUCCAAACGCACCUAAAGAAGUAUAACUUCAAACAUUUUUUCGCGAUUUUAAUUUCUCUUUACCGCUGUAGAUGGCGUCUUAUAAAAAAUGUGUUUUUUUGCUGUAGAACAAAGACUUUGUGGACCUCCUGUAAAAAAUUUCGGAUAGUUCAAAAUGGAUAUUCUUACAAUAUAGACAAUAAGUCUAUAUCGCCGUAUUUUUUAUUGAUUCACCUCUAUAUAAAAAAGGGGGUAGUGUUUUAAAAUUUUAGAGACUUAUUGUCUAGUUUUUUAUAAAUAAUCAAUCAUAUUAUUAAAUAGAAGGUUGAUAUAGUUUUUUAAUUUAACCGGCGAUUUCUGGUGAAUAUUGAGGACCCCACUCAUCCAACAAUUGCUAUAGAAGGUUUGAUAAAACUUUUUCUUUUGAAUUCGGUUCUCUUUUGACUGUUCGAUACUCCUCUUACUCCUACCGGCUUGAGAGACAUGGGCUUCAUCAACUUAAUGGAAAUAUUCCAAAUUAAGUUAUUGUAACUUUCGUUACUAUUUUGGAUACUUCUGCCGAUACAUCUGUGUAGUAUGAUUUAUAUUCUUGUGGGAUCGGUACUCACCUGAGGGACUGUAGACGUUCGGAUUUAAUAAGCGUCUUUUUCUAAAAACAAUGUAGACUUUUCAAAGUAACAAGACAUUUACUCAACACACACACACUACACAUUACUCCUAUAUAUUACUACUACAAUUUUAAAAUUUUAAAUUUAAAAAAACAAAAGUUUUAAUUUGUUCCGAUUAUACGUAUUAGGAUAUGUAAGUCUACAAAUUCAUCGCUUAAACUGAGCUUUUCAAAGCUGCGGCCCUACUGCGCAUUCAAAAACUAGACCCCAGGCCAGAAUGGUUGAUCUGUAGUAACACAUGGCUUUAACAUAAUAAUCAGUUUGACCAUAAAGUAUUCCAUUCGGGUCAAUAUAUUUGACAGCAAGUAAAAUAAUAAACAAGUACAAUUUUAGUGUUGGAUUAACAGCUAUAAAAAAUAAGAUGUAUUGAUAUCAAAACAUCAACAUGUCAAUCUGUACACUUUUAUUUAUGUAAAAUAUAUGUAUAUUUGGGUAUGGUACUGACAAUACUUUAAUCAUAUUAGGCAAUAAAAUGAUUGUGUAAAAAAUACUUUAAGGGGCGGGGAGUAUGGUUUGAAAAUUUUGAAAUUUUCGAUUUUUUAUUAUUUUAAAUUAAGUACAUAAUUUCAAGUACGAUACUCUCUGAAAAUUUUCAGAAAUAUACCGGAAAUACGGGUUUAAUAUCCCUACCUUCGACUAGUUCAACAACUGUUCCCCUUCUUUUUUUUUUAAAUUACUCCGCGAUUCAAAAACAUAUUCCAUUGGGCAUCACUUUACGAUUCGUCAGACAAAAAUGAAAUUAAAAAUAAAAGUUUCAAAACCUUAAACUCCUUUUUCUCAAAUAUGCAUUUUUCAAAGGCGGUGGACAUUGUAACUCAAAAACUACUUAACCGAUCCCCUGAAAUUUUGCAUAGAUUUUCUUUAGAUAUUUUGUGAGGUAACGCUGUCGGGACAUUUUUUAUUGUAUGCUUUCUUUUUGAUUAACAAUAACAUAUGUUGAUUUUCACCCUUUAUACAAAAAAUUUUGUUAUUUUGACUUCUGAGUGAUAGCAAAAACUCAAAAAUCAUUAAAACUAAAAAACUGGACAGCGUUACCUCGACAAACUCAUAAGCUUAGAAAAUAUUAUUGAAUUUUUUGUUUCACAUGAUUCAAUGACGAGUUCUGAUGUCCACCGCAAAAUCCAUUUUUUUGCUGGUGUCAAAAUUCUAAUACAGUUUCAAAAAAAUUCACAAAAAUAUGCUUAAAAUGUUGAUUUUAAACCAUACCCCCUUAAUAAUUAAGGUUUAAAUGAUUUAUUAUUUAUUUUAUACACAUUAUGUAAAAUUCAUACUUACAAAACAUGAUGACAAAUAAAGCGAGUGAAAAGUUUAUUUUCUCAAACUAAUAAACAAUUUGAUAUACUUCAAACAUUGAAUUAAAUAAUUAUUUUUGAGAUAUUUUGUGGCAUAAACGAAAAGUGACAAUAAAACUUAUAUUAUUAGUGAUUUACAUUUUAGAAUACAGGUUAGAAUUCGUAUAAUUUCAACUCUACUAUACAGGGUGUUCCUUAAGUAAUUGUAUCAAAAGAUAACUUUAAAAUAUGACGAUUUAAGCUAAUUUGGUUAAAUAAUUUGUCAUUACUAAGAAAGAUAGUGUGUUAGCAUUAAAUUUAUAACUGGAACUUUUUGAGUACGAAAAAUUGCUCAUCAGGCUUCGAGAAUGGUAGGUCGUCGAACGCCAGACAUAUAUUCGAUAGGCAGGGAGCCAGCGGAGCACUACUCUUAAGGAAACUUAAUUCCUACGUACCUAUUUUGACAUUAAGCUUAUCAUUUUUAAAAUGAAUAACCAUUUUCAAUUUCGUUGCAACACGAAACUACAGCCGAAUUAUAUCCUAGUUCAAUCAGAGAGUGCAGCAAGCACCUCUAUCGGUUUCGAAACUUAUUAGUCUAUCAUCAGGAAGCACAUAUGUUGCUCUCUCUGACCCAACCAGGACAAACCCCGGCGUGCAGUUACGAAUCGCAACGAACGAAAUGCCAGGAAUGCCCUAGCGGCAACUGCUAGCAAAAUACUAAGUUUUCAAUCUAAUAGCACAUAAAAUAAUAUUAAAAAUAUUGCUCUACAUCCCAUCAGAUUAAAAACAAUGGGAACCUUCUCUGGUUACACAUACGAGGCUUCUAAAAUUUGCAAGCCAUAACGUAUGCUGAGACUAAAGAAGAUGAGGGAAUUUUACAAUUUAUAAUUCACGUCCCAUCUGCUCAGCGCGGUAAAGUUCCAACGAGAAUGGUUCCCUUCGUACUCCAAUCAGAGGAUAGCGGAACUUUGCCGCGCUGAGCAGAUGGGACGUGAAUUAUAAAUUGUAAAAUUCCCUCAUCUUCUUUAGUCUCAGCAUCCGUUAUGGCUUGCAAAUUUUAGAAGCCUCGGAGGUGUAACCAGAGAAGGUUCCCAAUGUUUUCAAUCUGGUGGGAAGUAGAGUAAUAUUUUUAAUAUUAUUUUAUAUGCUAUUAAAUUGAAAACUUAGUCCUCUGUCUCUUAUCAUCUUAGUUCAGAAUACAAUUCAACAAAAUUAUCUCGCUUUAACUGUCAUGUUAUUUUGUAAAUCCAAAUACUCAUCUACACAACUGAAUCGACUAUUCAGUUAAAUGAUACACCACAGUUUACCAAAGUUUAUAAAGCAGAUCAAUUCGUCCAAAGAUUAGUGAUAUUUUGUACUUAUGUAUAUAUUCUUUGGGGCUGUCCAUUAAUCACGUGAGGCUCGAAGGGGGGGGGGAGUGGUCCAUAAAAAAUCACGAAAUGUGGGUGGUCUUAAACUAAAUUAUACAAGUAAUGUAGGUGGUCUUAAACCUCACCAUGUAUCACCAAGGGGGAGGGGAGGCUAAAAAAUGCCAAAAAAAAUCACGUGAUUAAUGGACGACCCCUUUGUAGUUAUAAUGAUAUUUAUAAGGUUUUAAUGUUAUUAAAUUUUCGACCGUUACUGCAUGAUUCUUAAAAUUAAAAUCUGUGUAAGAAGUCUAUGUGUGUAUAUUUGAGUGUUUUAAGAGUCAUAACAAAUAUCUUUUAAUAAUUGCAUUACGUAAAUCAUUGAGAGGGCGCAAAUAUUUUACGACUAUCCCUACCUUUUCUUUCUUUGCACGGUAAAUUACCUGUAAUAAAAUUCACUGGUAUGGAGAUGUAAACAUUAGUUGACAAUUACAAUAUUAUCAUUAACAUAGAGAGCUAUUUCGUUCAGUUUUUGAAUGAUUUUGGAUAACCGUUGCUUGUAUACUCGUUUAAAUUAUUAAUUCAGUUAAUUAAUAGGAUUAUUUUUUCGCUAACUAUGUAUUCAGUGAUUACAAUAAUUUAUAUACUAUACAAUAAAAAUUAAUAAUCUAGAAAAGAGAAAAAGUGAUUUUAACCCGGCAGCAGUCGCGCCGUUCGAGAAAAUCUAACAUUUUUUCAUUUUCCGUGACAACUUGAUGAAAAAUUUUGCAACAUAACUUUCCACUCGUAAGUGCUUCGAGGAAGAUUGUAGUAAUGCGUAGGUAUUUUUUUUUUAAUUAAAAAAAUAUUUUUUUAUUUAUUUUUUGUGGAAUUUUUGGCUUUGGUGAGAACCAAUUAGCUUUAAAAUGGUUAGAAAUAGAUAUUUUUAACAUAAAAAUUUGUUUUAAAUUCGUAUUUAAAUUACUAUUGUUAGCUUUAAUCUAAUCGCGCGACUGCUCCCUGGUUAAUAAUCUACUUUGCAACGCUUAGAUAAAUUUUAAACAUCUUUAACAACCAAAUACUUGGAUCACAAAAUAUACCCUUGUGUAUUCUGUGCUUGGAUCUUUCAUAAAAACAAUAAACAAUAAAUACAUUUGUAUUAAUUUCACGUCUUAAAUCAAUUAUUUAUCAAAUACACUAUUAAUAUCAUUUAAUAAACAACUCAAAAUAUUCCUGAAGCCUUGUAAAAUUUCGGGCCAAUGUUUUUUAAAUGCAUUAAUUUCUUUAUGGAAUCCUGAGAAAACGAAUAAGUAUUUUUGAAAAAUUUAAACGCAGAAUGAAAGAUUACAUUACUACCGAGGACCGAGAGUCCCUGAAAACUUCUAUGUUCUCUAAAAUAAGUUACAGGGUUAAAAAUAAGAUAAAUUUAGUGAUAUUUUUAAUUUCAAAUCAUCUCGGUAAUAAUGUAAUCUUUCAUAAAUAAUAAUAGUCUCUCGUUUUAUAAGGCUGACGCGGCUUUUGGAUUAUAGCAGGGUAGUGUGCUAUAUCUAGGGCCUACGGUAUACAAGGAAGGUAACAGGGCCAGUGCUGCUCUUCAACCGCCUAUUAUUACCCCUGGUUUUACCCAAGGUAUUCAAUUUAUUCAGGCUGAGUCGACCUGGGAUUGACCCGAAAUAUUGUGAUUACGCUCUUAAAUGAAACGUUGACAUUUUUCACGGUGGGUUUGUUGUAUAAUACAAUGCUUUCCGGGUUUAUAGUCAGUGGUUUGGUAAUAUUUCAUUUUGGCGUUUUUCUCAAAGACGACCCGGCAAGUUUCUUCCGCUAACCAGUGGAGGAUCUGGAGGAAUCCCCCUUCAACAAGGUCCAAAAUUAAAGAAAAAAAUUAAGGGGUAUUUUAUCUCAGUAUUUUUGCCUACAGCAUCUUCAAUGGCCAGGCCAUGCAUUUAGGAUGAGGGAAAACAGGCUAGAAAACCGUUGAAUUCAAUAAUGCAGAGGAAGAGGUUGCAGCAAUCCAUAUAUUUCGCUCUUCCUCAUGAUGCGACCGAGGUAUUCGUUUUUGGUUGUUUUUAUUGUGGUUAAUAGCUCUUCUUUUUAUAUUUUUAAUAGAACGUCCUGAUUGGUAACUUGGUCGGUAUAAGAUAUCUUCGGGAUUCGACGAUAACACAUUUCUAAAGCCUCAAUUUUCUUGCAGGUAGCUUCUGUGAGAGUCCACGACUUAACUCCAUAUGAAAGAUAAAACAUUAAUACAUUGGUUUAUUUAUUAAUGUUUUUAUUUUGAGAACGAUUUUCGAAGUGGAAAUCGAAACGUCAAAUAAUCUUAAUUUUAAAGUAAAAUUAUGGCUUAUUCCCACUAAAAAUAGUAAAUAACACUGAUUGAUUUAAAUAAAUAUUAUUAAAAUAUACCUACGCAGUAAUAGUCGAACAUGUUACUCGAAUUUAUAAUAUUGUUUAAAACUUUUGUUAAUGAUUAUUAUAAUUUAUUAUUAGGAUAAGGUUUUAGGCAAUUAGAUGAAUGAUUUUUAAAUGAAUAUGUGAGACUAAUCAAAAUAAUAAUUAUUCUUGGCAUUCGGUUAAGAUGUAUAUGUAAUACCCAUGUGGCAAUAAUUUUAUUGUUAAUUAGCCAUUUUGUUAUAGAUCUGGUAACUGAAUUUCUUAAAUUAAUAAUACUAAUUGUAACAAAUAAACAAUUUUAUAAA